GGUGACAUACCAAGCCAGGUUGGUGUUCGUGAAGUGCUGGAUCAGAUGGAUACUACCGUGGAUGUGAAGCCACCAUCUUCGCCAGUACCAAGCAAAAAGGAAUAUUUUAUUGGCAAAACUUUCGUUAAUGUUCCACGGGCAAACACCGAAAUUGUUGGUUGUAUGCGAGAUUGUAUGAGAGUUGAAACACGUUCGCAGCUGUGGUUUUAG